AAAAAAGUGGUAGUAAGUAAAAGUUUAAUUUGGCGCCAAUUUGGGAGCAACCUUCUCAAAACCACACCCCAACACGAAAGAAAACACAGUCUUCUUCUCACUUCUCCAAAACCCUAAACCUUCCUAAGCACACAACAAUGGCGGAAACAAUCUCUCUCAUGGACGUCGACGAAGCCGAUAACGAUAACGUUACUAGUCCUAUCAUCAAACCUAACAAAGGCAAAAACGUCGUCGUUCCUGGCGACGGUAAAUCCGGCCUUUGGGUCGAAAAAUACCGCCCUCAAUCUCUCGCCGACGUUGCGGCCCACCGCGACAUCAUUGAUACCAUUGAUAGGUUGACAAGCGAGAAUAAAUUGCCGCAUCUACUGCUUUACGGACCUCCAGGAACAGGGAAAACGUCGACAAUUUUGGCGGUUGCGAGGAAACUUUACGGGAAUCAGUUUCAUAACAUGAUUCUUGAGCUUAAUGCUUCUGAUGAACGUGGAAUUGAUGUUGUUCGUCAGCAAAUUCAGGAUUUCGCCAGCACCCAAAGUUUCUCGUUUGGUGCAAAAGCACAUGUAAAAUUAGUCUUACUGGAUGAAGCAGAUGCAAUGACAAAGGAUGCACAGUUUGCUUUACGUCGAGUAAUUGAGAAAUACACAAAAAGCACGAGAUUUACAUUAAUCUGUAACAACGUUAACAAGGUCAUUCCAGCACUCCAGUCAAGAUGCACAAGAUUCCGGUUUGCUCCUCUUGAUUCUACACAUGUCACAGAGCGGCUUAAACAUGUUAUAGAAGGUGAAGGAAUUGAUGUAACCGAGUCUGGCUUAGCUGCAAUCGUGCGAUUGAGUACUGGGGACAUGCGAAAGGCUCUGAAUAUUUUGCAGUCAACACACAUGGCGUCUCAACAAAUAACAGAAGAAGCAGUUUACCUGUGCACCGGAAAUCCUCUGCCAAAGGAUAUUGAGCAAAUAUCAUAUUGGCUUCUCAAUGAGACUUUUGUUACUAGUUAUAGCCAAGUUUCUGAUAUGAAGACCCGAAAAGGACUGGCCUUGGUGGACAUCAUAAGAGAAGUGACAAUGUUUGUUUUUCGAAUUAGGAUGCCAUCAGAUGUUCGAGUUCAACUGAUUAAUGAUAUGGCCGAUAUAGAGUAUAGACUAAGUUUUGGAUGUAGCGAUAAGCUACAGCUUGGAUCUCUUAUUGCUUCGUUUACAAAGGCUCGUUCUGCAUUGGUUGCGGCCGCAAAUUAGAUGUCCUCUACGAAGUACAUGAGUUGUUUCCCUUUGCCUGCCUAGACAUCAGAAAUGUCUAUGUUACUUUCUUGUUAAAGGUGUCUGACCUGAUCGGUAGCUAGGUAGCUUCGUUUUUGGCCCCAGAUUUGGUUGAAGCUUUCUUCAUGUAUUACAUAUGUAAAUUUAAACCUACCCUCCACACUCUCCAAGCAUGUGGGGACAUGUGAUUAUGUGAAGGCGCUUCCUAAGGGUGGAAUGUACUUUGAUGAGCAUUUCUUCACUUCAGCAGCUAAGACUUGUGCCACUCUUAUUGUCUAUUCAAGUAUAUUACCAUGGCUGCAAGUUCGUGAGUUGAA